AUGCAUAAACGAAUACGGUUUGUCGGUCGACGAAACCCCCGAAACGUCUUGUAACAAAGGAAAAAGACAAUAGAAAUUCGGGCCUUUAUGUAAUUCCUCCAUUGUUAGAAAUCGUAAAAGUAGCGCUAGGUGGCGAACGUGUUUAGAGAUUGGUCAUUACACAAGGCCGUCCUCUAUCAGGCAGUCAUAGUGGAAUGGAACCGGUGUUAAGUUUGAGUUACUCCUAUACUUCCUCCAAUUACGUGACGAAUUGGAAGGGUGAGAAUGUAAUUGGACGUCUCCCAUCCGUCCAACGUAAUAAAAGUCAGACUAUAUUUGGUAGGCUGUUGUUUUCUAACCAUUACACGCAAGACAUGAUGUCGAAUAAGUCACCUAACCACAUAACUGCUCCCAUAACUGACUUGAGAAUGGCACAGGCAGCCGCUAAUAGUGAUAUGCCACCACCAAAAUCUUUGCUUAUGUAUCUAGUCAGAAUGGGUAGCUUCACUUCGUCUCCAAAAUACUUGAACGAGGACACUGCUGACGACGAUUUAGACGAUUCUUUAGAUAGAGAUUAUUUAAUCGAGAGAUGUAGACAAGAACUUAAAAGAUUACCAAAUAAAAUAAUCAGACAUUGGGUUGUUGUCGAUGGACAUCACAAUGAUCCUCCUCAAGACGAUUUGAUUCGAGUUAUGCAAUGGAAUAUGCUCUCACAAGCUCUUGGAGAAAAAACCGACAAUUUCGUGUCUUGCCCAUUAAGUGCCUUGGAUUGGAAGCUGCGGAGAUGGAGGAUACUAGAGGAGAUUUUAACGUACCGUCCCGAUAUAAUAUGCCUGCAGGAGGUGGACCAUUUUAAUUUUUUGAAGAAAACACUGGGUAUUCUAGGUUAUUUAGGUUUCUUCUUCCCUAAGCCCGAUUCCCCUUGUUACUACAUCAAAGGAAACAACGGGCCAGACGGGUGCGCGUUAUUCUACAACGCCGAAAAAUUCAGGCACGUAAAAACGUGUAGCCGAAUUCUAGAAGUAUGGACCUGUCAAUCCAACCAGGUAGCAUUGCUGACGUUACUAAAAAGGAAAAAAGACGGAAGAGAAAUCUGCGUGGUCACAACUCAUCUGAAGGCUCGUCAAGGUACACUGCUGCCCACACUCAGAAACGAACAAGGAAAGGACCUCUUAGAUUUUAUACGUAUGCACUUUAAUAAAAGGUCGGUCGUUAUAUGUGGUGAUUUUAAUGCCGAACCGACCGAACCAGUAUAUAGGACAAUGUUAUCAUCCCAGGAAGUGAAACUAGAUAGUGUCUACCGCCAUUUAAGUAAUCACGGUGUGGAACCACCUUACACAACGUGGAAGAUUCGCGAAGAGGGUGAAGUCUGUCAGACUCUAGAUUAUAUAUUUUACACGCCACAAUUACUACAGGUACAUUCCGUAUUACAGUUACCAACGGGUGACGAUAUAGGUGUCAAUAGGGUGCCAUCUUUCACUUAUCCUUCGGAUCACUUCUCUUUAGUUUGUGACGUUCGAUUUCGAGAAGCCAGUUGAAUAAUUCUUUAAAUUUUAAGCAGAGACAUUUAUUUUCUUAAAUUUCCCACCGCUUUUUUUUUUUUUUUAUAAGAAACGUUCGAGAAUUUCGUGUGUACGUGGUGUCAAUGUUCCUUAUCUUUUACUACUGUUCGAAUGGGAUUUUUAAGUUAGUUUGUGUAAUUUAAGCUUAAAACUGAAGAUUUUUUUGUAUUAAUGUUAAUAAAAUUCACGAUAAAAAAAAA